AAUUACUUAUACUUUUCUCGGGCCUCUGGUUCCUCAAGAAUCGCUUAUUAGAACCUUAAGCAACAGUUACAGAAGCUAUGAAUCAUUUAACUUAGUGAAGCUACAAUCUUAAUCUCGUAGUGUACUUCCAAAACAAAGUUAAUAACUCAAUUGUCACAUCAGUAUAAAACGCUUCCUUGCAUUAACGUAGUCUUUAUUGUGAGAAGUCAGAGGACUUCACAUUAUUGUGGUCUCCGAACCUGUUCUCGAGUGCUUCUCUUGUCCUGAUUAAUGCAUGCUUGGCCGUCAUCAGACUGUCCUGUCCUUCCCUCGUCCAUACCAAAUGGCUUCGUAAAUGGAAAUGGCUCCGUGGAAGGAUCUCUGUACCAGUUUAGCUGUAUACAAGGAUAUUCGCUUGUUGGAAGAGAUACACUGUUCUGUAAUCACAAGGGAGCAUGGAGUGGCUCUGUACCAAAAUGCCUAAAAGAUUGCCCCCCUCUGGCUGGUAGCAUUGAUAAUGGUUACAAACAUGGCAGUGGCACAGUGGAAGGCUCUUUGGCUUGGUUUAGCUGUAAGGACGGUUAUUCUCUUGUCGGAAAUCAAUAUUUAUACUGUAACGAGAAAGGACAUUGGAAUGGCACAACGCCAAGUUGCUUGAAAGACUGUCCGCCAAUUAACCUUACCUUCGAACACGGAUUGAUCAGUGGCAAUAGAUCCACAUCAGGUGCAGCUUACAGCUUCUCCUGUGAUGACGGGUACAGUAUCAAUGGGCAAGUCACGUUGAUCUGUAAUGAGUACGGACAGUGGAAUGGCAGCAUCCCCGUGUGCUCAAGAGUCCUUACAGGUAAAAAGGAGACCCGAAAGGCCUGGUACGUCUACGCAGCUUCUGGUGCUGGGAGCCUGUUGUUCCUUCUUAUUCUGGCAAGCCUUUUGGUAUUACUAUGGCGUCGAAGAAGGUCAAGCGAGAAACGCUCGGAAAUCCCGGGCACUGAUGAAACAGAGAUGAAAACGAUGGUGACAUCGCCGAAAAAGACUCAAGUCAAUUGUGAUUACUCGCUUGUCAGUGAAGGCUCUAAAGCCCCACCCACUGUGGUGUGAUACAAAAUCAUCCACAUGCUACUGGAGGUUAAGAAAAGUAGGACAUGUGGUAAUGUGGCUUGUAUGUGGGACGCGGGAAAUCUGGAAGAUCCUGAUGGAGCGGACAUCCGCCAAAAAUUAUUUUAUGCCGACCCCAAGAAGCCUAGCGAAAACAAACGAGUGUGUAGGAGGACAUGGAAAUGAUCACGCGAUUUUGAAUGUGAAACCUUGAGACCUGCAAUUAUUUCACAGUGUAAUUUAUUAAGCUACUAAUUUAAUCUAAGAAAUCUGCACAAAAUGUAUUACUUUAUAUUACCAGUCAGUAUUAUCGCAGCUGGAAGCCACCGUUCAAAAAGAGAAACUUAUGAUAGAAUAGUACUUAAAAGAAAGACCUACAGGGUUUUUAUGCAGGUGUAGAACAUUCGAUCUGUUAAAUUGUGGAUCAGCACGCAAUAGCUUCAUCUAAAGCUCAGUUGGUAGUGGAUUUCCACUGGUAGUUUGGGUUUAAAUGCUGUUGAAAUGUCAGCUGUCAUCCUUGAAGAAGUCUUUUCCGGCGUAAUCCGAAUGUUUAUCAAAUAUUUUCUGUUGAAAAAGAACGUAACCAAAGAUUUCACGCAAUUUUCGAACGAUCAAAGCAGAAACCAGAUCAUACGAAAUAAUAAGACUAACAUGUUCAACUUCUUUCUCAGUAUUAAACGUAAAUCUGUUUGACUUCCUCCGGUUUCACCCACCAAGUAGAAAACACGUUCAGAGUGGGAAACGAUAUCCCUUAUCGCUCAUUAAGGCUUCCUUCGCUUUAGGGAUGACAUGCGUCACUACACUUAGAUAUAGAUCGUAUACCCGGGUUCAUUAAUAGUUUGAUUCCGAUUGGCAAGCGUUCUUGGUCCAAAAAUGAUUAAUUUACCAUUGCUUUCAUUGUGGAGAAGAUAACGCGAUACUCUAUCUGUCAAUGUGCCAAGAAAUACAUUAGCUUUCCAAUAUCAGCCAUUAGUAACUUCAAAUAUAUUAAUAUUAAUUUUUUCUCGAUCUGCUUUGCGAAAAACACCCACACCACCUUCCAAACGUUCUUCAAAGCACAGCUUCAACUUUAUUUAACUUUUUUUAGCUCGAGUUUCAGUCUGGCAAGCAAUGUUCGAAUAACCGCUUACAGUGACUGUCAUCAAUUUUCUGUCAAAACAGUCACUGCCAGAAUCAGUACGCUUUCGAUAGCGUGCGAAUUAAUGUAGACAUUUCAUUUUUUCAGUUGGCUUAUUUGUUUGAUUUUAGACAAUAAAGAUUAAUGUACCUGAGAACACACUUGUCACUCACUGCCUUUGGGGAAUUUACUGUAUGCUUGAAUAGCAUGAACUUCUCACAUGAAAGAGGAUGCAUGUCAAAGAAGUGUGCUUUACAUGUUUGCCUGUUUCCACUGGAGUUUCCCUGGAGUUUCCGCUUCCGCGAGAAAAUUUUUUUUCUUGGGGCUUUGUUUUUAAAUUUAUUCCAUGUCGUGGACAAAACAAGUUUAACUGUGCGUGCAACUAACCACGCCAAGUUAAGGCUCUGGCUUUCGUUGCAGAAAACGUGACUAUUUUAAAGUUACAACAGUGUCUUGCUUGAACAAGUCAAGACCUGGUGCCUAAAAGUUAUUUAGUUGAGCAAAUAAACGUAUUGAACAUAUGCAUCUUCACAAUUCGUAGGAAAUUUACUUCUCUGAAUAUUCAAAAUGAAUCGGUUUUUUUUAAUUGACAGCUGGCAUUUCGUUAAACAAACAUUGACAUGUUCUCAUGAUUGGACGCAAGAUCUCGAGAUAAGAAGCACGCACGAAGGUAAUUUACUAGCAGUUAACGAACUGGGAAGUCUUGAUUCUUGAUAUCAAAUGACAGUAUAGAAGUUUAAUCAUUUAAACUGAAAAUUCUCGCGAUAAGCUUAGGUCAAACAAGUCCAAGAUGAGCAUGGUUGCCGAAGUCUGCAGGACACGGCUUAAGGAAGUUGCCAAAACGGUUCAUCUUCAAGAACAAUUCAUGUCAUGUCUUUGUGUAUUUUACUUCGCAUUUUCACCCGUGGCAAUUUUCGGCAAUCUUCUUGUAAUUCGUGCCAUUUGGAAAGCUUCGUCGAUUCCCACUACCUUGAAGAAGUUACUCUUGAGCCUAGCCAUCUCCGAUCUUGCUGUUGGAGUGCUUCUACAACCGAUGUACGGCAUUAUCAUCGCGUUGCAGUUGAAUAUGGUAGACAGUCAGUUCCUGUGCCCUACUGUACUGACGGUACAUAUAUUUAUUACGGUUUUGCUGGCGGCAGCGUCUUUUCUAACCAUCGCUGCUAUUGCACUUGAUAGACUUCUCGCCGUCUCGUUGCAUUUGAGAUAUCAGGAACUUGUGACGCCCAAACGCGCUGAAACUGUCAUGGUUCUUCUGUGGUUAUCGGCUGCUGUUGGCGCUUCCUUGUUUAUCUCUGUCUCCAGUCACAAUGUCUUGGUAGCUGUUAUUACUGAAGUUGUCGGGUUUGCUGUUACCACCGUUGCCUAUUUCCGUAUUUACAAAGUUGUGCGCUAUCAUCAAAAUCAGAUCCAAAGUCAAUGUCAGGUCCAAAACGAACACGCAGUGGAAGAAGUCAGGGUGAAGAAGUCAGCCUUGAAUACCUUGUACGUUUAUGUUGUCUUCCUUGCUUGUUACCUUCCAUUGUUAUUUUCAAGUAUUCUGCUGUUGGUGGAUAACUUUAAAAUAUCAUUCCUUGUGGCUUAUAACGCCUCGGGCUUUUUAGUUUUCCUCAAUUCUUCUUUAAAUCCUUUCGUCUAUUGCUGGAGAUAUCGCGAGAUUCGUCAAAUUGUGAAAAAUACAUUCAGGGGAAAAUGCUUGCCCAAUGAACCUCCUGAUCUCACUUCAGAUGGAAUAAGGAUGUAAUUAAAUACGACGGAAAUCGAAAUGUCGGAUGUCAGUUUCAGGAAAACUACGAACACAUUGUUCGCUACAAGUUGAUUUCAGAAUUCUUCCAAAUCCGAGAUCAUCCUGAUUUUCGCGAGCGUCUUUCAAGCGAAAGAAACCGAGUCUGAGAAGUAUCUUCUCUGAAAACAGUAAAACGGCUUCCGUUUUCAAAAGUAUAGUUCGAAACAUGGAGCAGAACAACGAAAAUUGAGGGUUCGCCUAAUUAUCAUUUGUUAUUGUAGCUAUACUAUUUAUACACGGUAUCUACUUAAUACAGGUUCACAUAGAAACAUAAUUAUUCGCUAAAGGUGAAGUAAAUGAUGGUAAAUAUUUCACAAUGACAACAGUGACACUUGAUUCACCAGUUAACAAGGAAUUUCUUAGCUUACCUUGUAGUCUCUAAUUUCCUACUAUUCCUACCCGAAAGAAUUUUCUUCUGGACACUGAUAGCAACCACAGUCAAGCGCAACGUGCCUGCGCAGUUCCCAUCAAAACUGCCACUCACAAACUUCUCAACUUUUCGACAGUUUGAAGCCAAAAGUUAAGACAGUCACUUCUAAGUUAAGCUUUAUGUGGGGUUUUACGAAACAAUAGGCCGCUUCACAGGCUAGGUUUUUCACUAGCCGCUGGUCACUUUCUUCAAUCUCUCCAGUUCCAAUAUUGCAUGGAUGACAAUGCUCUUCUCGUCUGAGAGUGGUUUUGUUGGCAUGACGCCAUUUUGCGCGUGCACUUGACUCGAACGACCACCUGCUCACGCACACCGAGAAAGCAAUUGUAGCACUUUGGAGUGAUGAAAACAAAAAUCAGUAUUUGAGGAACGACGAUAUGGAAGAAAACUUAUCUGAAAUUACCUGGUUAAAUUUUUGUGGCAGAAACGGAAGCAAGGUUCGAAUUCGUGCCUUUUGAAACAAAACUGUUUCAUUCCCAAAACUGAAUCGAAUUGAACGUGCAUGGUGCUGUUCUUGAAGCGAUAGCCUGAACUGCUGUCGAAUCCCCGCCAUAAGGCCAUGUUUACACCUCACCACUCUCGGUAAUCGUGGUACUACAUUUGUAUAGUUGUAUAAAUAAAAUCUUUCCAGAUCAUGAUUUAUUUUAGCCGCUAUUUGAAUUUAGGAUUUUUAAUUUUGUGCCACUGUAUAAAUCAGUUAGAUUAAAACUUAGUUUUUAAUUAGAUUUUUUAAAUUCGGUCCCUGGUUUUAAUUAUAGCUGGUUAAUGUGUACUGUGUAGUUUUGUGUCUUCGAAGGAGCUACUUCCAUCAGACACAUUGAUAACUUAUUGUUAUGCCCCACACAGUGUCUAGAACCAUUCAGUAAAACGUAACCAUAGUG